GCCAUGUCUGGAAGAGGGAAGGGCGGUAAAGGCUUGGGUAAGGGUGGCGCUAAGCGCCACCGUAAGGUUUUGAGAGAUAACAUCCAAGGCAUCACCAAGCCCGCCAUUCGGCGUCUUGCUCGGCGCGGGGGUGUCAAGCGCAUCUCCGGCCUCAUUUACGAAGAGACCCGAGGUGUGUUGAAAGUGUUCCUGGAGAAUGUCAUUCGGGACGCGGUCACCUACACGGAGCACGCCAAGCGCAAGACGGUCACUGCCAUGGACGUGGUGUACGCGCUCAAACGGCAGGGACGCACUCUGUAUGGCUUCGGAGGCUAAGCUGCAGCUUCUGUGCUGUGACAAUCUCAAAGGCCCUUUUCAGGGC